AUGGCUACUCAAGGCUCAUUUCAGUAUGAUAACGGGUGGUUGGGGGCGUGGCGCACUCCCUCUGCUUGCAUCAGCGGCGGCUUGGGACUAUUUUGUGCACUGGAGCCACUCAUAAUGCAUGUUCGACAAACACGAGAGGAGAGUGUGGCGCGUAUGUACGGCAGCGGAGGAAGAAAGUCUAAUCAGACACUUUUUGAGGGAUUUGGACCCAGUGAUUCUAGCAGACCUUCUGCGGAGUAUGAUGGAGGGAACAAUCCAAAUCUGGAUGCGCCUGAUGGAACUGUGCUCUCAUCACGAAAGGUUCCACAUGAGAGGGAAAAAUCCGAACUAGUAACCGUUCCGCCCAUUAGGGGAUUUUCAUCAAUUUUACACCGAUGGGAUUUGCAGGUGGCGACUGCAGUUGCAAACAGAGGCAUGGGUGCGUGUCAACAUCGUCGGGUUGAAAGGGACAGCAGUAGGUCUCUCGAAGAUGAAGAAGAAGACGAGAAUGAUAUACUACCGGUAGCUAAUGAAACAGCACGUCCAAUAUGCACUAGUAGGCAUCGCCGUCCGGUAAAUUCUACAUUUACUGGUACAAUCUACAAUAAAGAUAAGGGGGAUGCAGAAGAAGAUGAAGAAUAUGAGGAAGUGGAGGAAGAAGAAGAGGAAGAAGUAAAGAGUGAAGAAAACUUUGGAGAGGACGGUCAUCUUGCCUGUGUUCCAGGAGAUGUUUUGCAUAAUAGAUAUUUGUUACUACAACAGUUGGGAUGUGGUCACAAUAGUCGUGUUUGGCUUGCAGUUGAUUUGGAUCAAUGCUCAAUGACACGUCAUCAUUUUUUACGGGAAUUAGACGACCAGCAAUUACGUAUGUAUUUCUCUUCCUUUGAUCGACCAUUAUUUGUAGCCAUAAAAAUUUUCCGUUGUGGGGCAACGCAUCAGAGGUAUGCGGAGCAUGAAUUUAUGAUGCUAACCUACAUCAAAGAGUUUCAAAAGGUAGACCGUCUGCAACAGUUAGUUUCGCUUCCUCCUUCUACUAGUGUGUCGCGCGAGGUGUCAGUACUAGGAUUACCUCAGGAGAACACAUCAGAUUGUGGGACUCCUGUUAUGCAUUCUGAUGGCAGACGUUCAUCAGUAAGUCAUUACUCGAGUAACAUUGAAGAGACGACACCAUUACCUUUUCUUGGUCAUAUUACUUCAAUGAGGGCCCACUUUACCCAUUCAGGAUUAUUUGGUCUUCAUCACUGUAUUGUAAUGAAUUUGGUAGGCUCUUCUGUAAAUACAGUUAUAAGCGAAACGGGUUUCCAGGGUAUUCCUGAAAAUGUAACUCGUAAUAUUAUUCGUUCAACAUUACAAAAUUUGGCGCUACUCUCUGCGGUACAUGUUAUUCAUGGAGACAUUAGACCUGAUAAUCUUCUCUUUAUGGAAUUAGAGGAAGAUAUUGCAGAGAAUAUGAAAAGGUUCCUCUCUCAGCAUUUUGAAGGUCUCCUUCCAAUUGGGUUAGAUUCUCUGGGGGUGCGGCGCCGUUUGGUUACAGAGGAUUCCUCAGAAAAUAUAAGGUGUGAAAACACAAUGCAAUCGUUGAAGUCUCCUUUAAAAGACAUGGUAGUUACUCCACGUACUGCACGUGGUCAAGAUACCCAGUAUAGUGCACGACAGUUGUUUAAAAAACAACACUUACAUGGUCUAUAUAAUGAUAAACCGUACACUGUGCAAUUAUCUGAUUUUACUCUUUCUCUCAUUGUUCCACCACAACUGCGAUGUCCUUAUGAUACUAUGAAUAAUGAUUCUGCUGUAUAUGGUGAUAUUAAGGCCUCUGUGGACGAAGGAUCUUCUGAGAUUGAGAACAGGCAAACUGGUAGAAGUUGUUCUGUACAAACUGUGCAGGAAAGUAACACAUCCCUUAGCACAGCAGCGGUUUCAACUCCAGCUAUAUUUCAUCGAUUAUCUCUUUCCUCGAGAAUACGAACUCCAUCGGUUUGUGUUGCGAGUACUGUUAGUGAUCUUGAGAGAGACCUCUUAAUGCAACAAAGGUAUCAGCGCGGGACAAAACUACAGUCACGAGAAUACCGUUCUCCAGAGAUAAUUCUUGGUAAGGACUUUAAUACUGCUAUAGAUAUUUGGUCCUUGGGAUGUUUGGCGUUUGAGCUACUCAUCGGUCGAUUUCUCUUUGACCCUGUUAAUGACAUUACCGCAGCUUUGGAGCUAUACAAGAAGGAGAAAACAUAUCAAAAAGAACAGGAAGACAUUUCCACAAGUGAUGUUGAAAUAAACAUUUCUAAUAUAAGUGGAAAGACUGGUGAAAGUGAACCAUUCAAUCCCUUUCAUUUUAGCGAACAUGAAAAGAAUGUAGAUAUAUCUCACUUACGAAGCAUUAUUUUUCUUCUAGGACCCCCUAGUCCAGGUUAUAUUUUAAGGACCCCUAUAGGUGAAUAUAUAAAGGAUUUUUUUGAUUCCAAUGGUCAUUUUAUUUUUCUUACCGAAAAUGAAAGAAUACAAUUGUAUAGUCACGAUAGCGAUGAAAGUAAUGACCAAAGCGACGUUUUGAACUCUCAUUUUCAGGUAGACUCUUAUGAAGAAAUUUCAGAGAAGAAUUCAGGGCAACAGUGGCAUGAUGCUUCAACCUCUUCCAUCAGUCAGAGUAUUACUCCAGCAUGGUUAGAUCUGCAGAAGGAAAUUCAGGAACGAAUUGGGGUUGAAAGUGGUACAGCAUUCCUGCAUUUCCUGCAAAAGUGUUUGCAGUGGGACCCCGAGAAACGCAACGGCGCACAAUUAUUGCUGAGAGAAACAUGGCUGACCACUGCAGAAUAG